AUGUCUUCUACAGUCAUAGACGGCGAUGAGUUUGACCUUAAAUUGUGCUCGAGCACCAAAGAGAAGAAGAUGGAGGAGCUGCAGAAGAAGAAGAACGCUCGGUUUGAGAGUCUGGUGAGCAAGCAGCAGGAGGAAAUCAACAAAUGGAAGCGGAGAGCGUACAAGAUGAAGGAGAGCCAGCGAGACGCUCCAUGCACGCCAACCAAACGCCUUCCUCCUCUGACAGAGACCGAACUCAACUCGCCCAAGAAGACCUUCCUGGACUCGCCCAAGAGCAAGUUCUUUGACGUGCGCUCCAGCGUUCCUGUCCCCCUCCAGCAUCCCACACAGUUCUUCGAUAACUCCAGCCUCGAGGCGGUGCCAGAGGAUGCCUGUGCGCCAGCCGAGUCCUUCCUGGAUUCUUCAGACAGCGAUGAAGAGGAUUCCAGCUCCAGCGCGGCAUUAAAUGCAGCUCCAAUUAAAGACUGGUGGCAGAUUCCUAACGCUUCUCCAGCAAAGCCUGACGCUAACGCAUGCCCAACACAGUAAUCGCUGUUCUUUGUCUUUUUCUUG